CAAGAAGAUCCUGGAACUCAUGUCCAACAUCAUCCAGCUGCUGACUGGAGAGGUUGCCAUAAGGACUCAUCAUGUUUCCAUCUAUUUUUCCUUGGACGAGUGGGACUAUAUAAAAGGAAACAAGGACCUUUACAGCGAAGGGAUAAAGGAGGAGGAGCCCCAGCAGCUCCGCCCACUGGACUGUGAAUAUGAAGAUAAAAAAGAUAUCACAGCUGAUCUGGGAGGAACAUUAUGUUCUAAUAAUGAGACAAGCAAGAUUGGGGCUGAAGGAACAGAUUUUUGUGUCAACGGAAAUCCCACAAACCCUGACAUUUCUCCAGUGGAACAGCCCCCACCAGCCAAUGGGAUUAAAGAGGAAGUGGCUUUAUUUGAAAAGAGAAACCAAUCAGAUUGCAGCAUUAAUCCACUUACAGAACAGCUACAGGGAACAGAUACACCUACUCCUAUCAUGGGAUACAGCCUGAAUAACAACUUGGCAGCUAAUUAUAUAUCAGAUGGGAUUAAAGAGGAAGUGACUUCAUGGGAAGAGGGAAACCAAUCAGAUUACAGCAUUAAUCCUUUUACAGAACAGACACAAACAAUCGCUGAUAUAAAUUAUCCUUGUGCGAAAUGGGGGAAAUCUUUUCCACAGGGAUCAAAGAUCACUUUGAAUGAGAGAAAUCACUCAAAUGAGAAGUUAUUUUCUUGUUCUGUGUGUGGGAAAUGUUUUGCCCUUAAAACAGAGCUAACUAUUCAUUGCAGAAGCCACUCGGGAGAGAAACCCUUUCAUUGCACUGAAUGUGGCAAAUAUUUUUCACAUCGCUCAAACCUUAGGAGACACCAAAGAUAUCACACAGGGGACAAACCAUUCACUUGCUUCGAAUGUGGAACAUGUUUUGUUAAUUAUUCCUGGCUAAUGCUACAUAUCAGAAUGCACACAGGGGAGAGACCAUUUUCUUGUUCUGAGUGUGGCAAACGUUUUGCGCGGCGCUCAGUUCUGGAGGCGCAUCAGAAAAUCCACACAGGGGAGAGACCAUUUUCUUGUUCUGAGUGUGGGAAAGGUUUCAUAAAGCAAUGCGACCUUGCUAGACAUUACAGGACUCACACGGGGGAGAAGCCGUUCCCAUGUCCUGAAUGUGGAAAGUGCUUUACGCAGAGCAUGCAGCUUAUUCGCCAUCGCAGGACUCAUACGGGGGAGAAACCAUUCGCUUGUUCUGAAUGUGGGAAAUGUUUUGCACAAAACUCACACCUUACUCAGCAUCGUUUAGGUCACACAGGAGAGAAGCCGUUUUCCUGCUCAGAAUGUGGGAAAUGCUUUUCUCGACGCUCUCACCUUGUUGCACAUCUCAAGAGUCACUUGGGAACUGAGCCACUAAAUGCCAGUAAUACUGCAAUGGAAAUCACUCCUUACUGCCACUCAUAAAUAAUAAAUGUGUCUAUUUCA